GAAGGGAGGGGCUGCGUAACUUAAGUGUGCUGUUAGCAUGCUAGCAGAGCGAUGCUACUGUGAAUUGAGGAGCUAUUGCCUUGAUUAAACACCCCCACAAUGGAAAUACACUAGUACAGUGGCCAAGGAUGCUGACCCCCAUCUCCUUUUAAGGUAGUGUCUGUUUGCCCUUUGUCUGCCCCUCACCCUCUUGUAACUCUUGGUUUAUAAAAAAAAAAUAGGUGGGAGAAAUGUCCUGCAAAGAACUACUUUUUACUUUUUUGACUUUGACUUACAUUUCAAAGCCUAUACUUAAUUACUUUUACUUGAGUAAAAAAGUUGAACCAGUACUUCAACUUUUACUGUAGUAAAAGUUUUUUAACACUAUCUGUACUUCUACUUAAGUACAGAAUGUCUAGACUUUUGGCACCUUUGACUGGUUCUCACAUACCUGUAUUUAGCCACGUUCCUGUUAAAAAUGAUUGUAGAAGUUGUGAUCAACUCGACUGUAACAACAGAAAAAUACUUUUAAAGAAGGAGUCGGGGUUUCUUUUUAUUAUUCCUGUCAAACACUUAUCACAUUUUUGUGGAGCUGAAUGUGUUUGAAAACACGUUAAUUUGUUUACUGACUCAUAUACCAACUACUACACCUGCUGCACCCCUGAGGGAGAGAAACAAUUGAAAUGAACAUAAACAAGCAUCACGUCAGUGGCUGCCUUAACUGUAUGUUUAGGAUCAUUAUCCUCCCGCAUUGACUAAAACUGAAGCACUGUUUGUUAACUUCGGUGAGAACUCUGACAUUUCUAAAGUGAAGUUUAUUUAUGUAGAAGAAAGUGUUAACAAGCUUAAAAGUUGGAGUGAGCACUAAAUAAAGGUAUAAACACACAGUAUCGCUCUCAAACUGCUCCUCUUCCUGGGGUGAAGCACAGCCUGAUAACCCUCCCUCUUCUUCCUGCUCUUAAACACAGCACCUCCUCUCUGUCCACGUGUUUCCUCGUUCCCUCCCCCUCAGAGCUGCACUUUGAAAAUGGGUGUAACCAACAUGUGGUGACGUGUAAAAGCUCACACAGGCUCCAUUCACUGCAGAAACACAUGUUGUUGAGAUCAGAGCUCAGACUAGUUUCAGUUAUAAGGAAGAGAAACUCACACAGUCACUGACACUGAGAGGAGAAAUGGCACAGAAAGGAGUUCAGCUGGACCAAGAAGCCUUCUCUUGUUCCAUCUGUUUGGAUCUACUGAAGGAUCCGGUGACUAUUCCCUGUGGACACAGCUACUGCAGGAACUGUAUUAAAGCACACUUUGAUGAAGAGGACAGGAAGGGAAUCCACAGCUGCCCUCAGUGCAGGAAGACGUUCACACCGAGGCCUGUUCUGGAGAAAAGCAUCAUGUUAGCUGAGUUGGUGGAGGAGCUGAAGAAGACUGGACUCCAAGCUGCUCCAGCUGAUCUCUGCUAUGCUGGACCUGAAGAUGUGGCCUGUGAUGUCUGCACUAGGAGGAAGCUGAAAGCCAUCAAGUCCUGUUUAGUCUGUGUGAUCUCGUACUGUGAGAAACACCUCCAACCUCACUAUGAUGCAGCUCCAUUAAAGAAACACAAGCUGGUGGCCCCCUCCAAGAAGCUCCAGGAGAACAUCUGCUCUCGUCAUGAUGAGGUGAUGAAGAUUUUCUGUCGUACUGAUCAGCAGAGUAUCUGUUAUCUCUGCACAAUUGAUGAACAUAAAGGCCAUGAAACAGUCCCAGCUGCAGCAGAAAGGACUGAGAAGCAGAAGGAGCUCGAGGUGAGACGACUAAACAUCCAGCAGAGAAUCCAGGAGCGAGAGAAAGAUGUGAAGCUGCUUCAACAGGAGGUGGAGGCCAUCAAUGGCUCUGCUGAUAAAGCAGUGGAGGACAGUGAGAAGAUGUUCACUGAGCUGAUCCGUCUCAUCCAGAAAAGAAGCUCUGAUGUGAAGCAGCAGGUCAGAUCCCAGCAGGAAACUGAAGUGAGUCGAGUCAAAGAGCUUCAGGAGAAGCUGGAGCAGGAGAUCGCUGAGCUGAAGAGGAAAGACGGCGAGCUGGAGCAGCUCUCACACACAGAG